UGGGGGAGGAGGUUGAGAAACACUGAUCUAAAAUUACUGAUGAAAGCAGGCUCCCACCGAUGGGCUUUAUUAGUUGAGUUGUCCAUUCUGCAGGCAUUUUCUUAAGCAUUUGCUAUUCUUAAGCACUUAAAGGGUGCCAGGCGCCAGAGUUACCCAGGUGGAUGAGAGGAGGGAGACAGACGCAUAGACACCCCCCUUCGCUGACGCCCUGAGACAAGUGCAGGGGGAGGUGAGAGGAGGGAGCAGGAACUGGUCUGAUUCACCGUGGGGUGGGGGAGCUCCUGCCUUGUGCAUCUGAGCAGAGGUUUAUUCACUAGGGUGUAUCUGACACCCCACGCACGUGACUGCAGAGUCACUAUGGGGAGGCGCACCGGCAGCACGUCUCCAGGGAAAGUUUGGCGCUGCUGGAGAUGGGGGCCCAGGGCUGGGCACCGGCCAGGGCAGGCCAUCUUUCCUGGGUGGGUUUCUCAGGCACUGCCAGACUAGAGCUCUACCUGCAAAUCCUCUGGGUUUUGCAGCUCUGCAGAGGCACCUGCUGGGUUGGGAGGAGGAAAGGUGUGUUUGAAAGACAGGGAGCGAUGACCCCUGGGCAUUGCUGUCCUCAGUCAUUUUCUAAGCCGGCCCGUUCGGUGGGAAGAUGGGAAAGAUGCUGUUGUGGACACACGCCAGACUCCCAGGGAACUGUGGGUGGGCUUGAAAGGAGACAGCCUGGGUUCUCCUCCUCCCAGGGCUUGAGAACCCAGCCCAGGGCCUGAUGGGGGCAGAUCUGGGAGCCACUUUGAAUUCUCUGUGCCACACACACAGCCGGGCCCUGGCAAGAGGUGAGGGAGAUGCCCCAGGGAACAGAAGAGCAAAGAGAUGUGUCCUGGGAACAGGAACAAAGGAAUUUGCCCCCAGUAGGGUGUCUGGACUGUGCUGUCCUUUCUCCACAUCCGCUUUCCACAUACGUGAUGAAGAGUUAACAUUGACGUUGCCAGAGGUAUAGGGGUCUAGGAAUCCACUCUCGCUCGAUUCAUGCAGCCCAGAAAUGAGUCCCUGGGUGAAAAUGGUGGCCAGUGAAGCCUCUCCAAAUAGAAUUAAUAAAAAACAGGAGGCAAGAAAGAGUCUGGCUGUAAGCACUCAAUCACUGUUGGCCGUUUUUAUUGUCUAGCAGACUGUAUUUGAUUAACAAAAUCAGAACAUAAAGUGAAUUUGCUACAAAUAGGAUCUGAAUUGUGCCUAAGAUUGUCCCCUGCUCUAUGGUGGGUCUGCCUCACACCCACACCUCCCCAGGCAGGUGGCAGAUAGACCAUGCUCGCUCUCCUGGGGCGUCAUGUAAGCCUGUAUCCCCCUUCCUGCUGUCCUGAUGCUCCCCGCCGCUCCCCUAAACCUGAUCUGCUGCUUUAGCCUGUGUACCCAAAUUUUGGACCACAAGGAGGCCAAUAGAAAAGGAUCUUCUGUCUCCAGCCCCCAACACCUCCCGGCAGAAGGCAAAUGUGCAUGUGGCGUUGUUCUGCCAGCAGCAGAGCAGGGAGGCUCCAGAGGCAGCCUGUCUUCUUUUAUGGGGGCUGGGGGCACUGGCACCUUUUCUCACUUGGGGGCAGGUGAGGGAUGGCGGGGAGAGCCCAGCUCCCGGCACAUCACCUCCCCAGGGACUUGGGCCCCAGCUCACGGGAAGCAGGGCUGAAGUCCAAGAUGGUUAGAUUGUGGCGAGGAUGGAUGGCAGGUGGCUAAGAAAGACAGAUUCCCCAUGUGGGCACAGCAUCUCUCAGAGACCCAGCAUGCCAGGGCCGGGGCCAGGCUAAUGGCUGGAUCCAUUUUGAUUAACGUUUUAAUUGGGGAUUAAUGCAGCAGAAGCCGCCUCUGAGUCAACCCAGCCAGGAGCCCUAAUCCUGACAGAUGAAGCCACACUGGCAGAGAAACGCAGUGGGGCCUGGGACAGAGCUGCCUGGAGAGAGAGGGUGGGGUCCCCGAGACACCUGCUCGGAGUUAGGGAGUGACACGGGCUGAGAAGUCUGGUACAAGGGAAAGAAACCAAAGCCUGGGGAGCUCUGGAAAGAAACGCUUUUCUUUUGGGAAGUUGCCUUGGAGGCUGUGUUUCUCAUAUUAGCACAGAUAAUCGUGGCUGAAAGCAACACAAAUGUACUCUCUUAUGGUUUGGAGAGGUCAGAAGUCCAAAAUAGGUCUCCCUGGGCUAAAAUCAAGGUGUCAGCAGGGCCUCUGAGAGAGACAAUCCAUUUCCUGCCUCCAGCUUCUAGGAGCUGCCUGCAUUCGUUGGCUCCUGGCCCUGCAGCUCUCCAAUGUCUGUUCCUUCCCGGAAGCCAAAUGGCAAGCCAGGGUUUGACAAAACCAGGGGUCUUGAUUUCUUACUCUGUUCUUGUGCAAAUACAAAAUAGGAAUAAAGAUGUUUCCCUAACCAUGGGCAAUUGCCUACUUCUUUCCAUCCCCAAAGACUUUCCAAAAGCUUGUCCAUAGAAAAUAGAGACUAGAGACCCAGUCCCUGGCUCUCUGCAGGCGUGGGAGACAGCAGCCCUACUCUCCAUGAGGAGCCGACAAUCCCAGGAAGCAAAGAGGUUUGGCUUGGGGUCCCACAGACCAGAGUUUAAUUCUGGCCUCAUCGCUUAUGGUGAGUUUUCACUUCUCGAAGUCUCCAUUUUCUCAUCUGUAAAAUGGGGGUAUUAAUAAUAACGCCUGCCUCGUUAAGGAAGGACGUAGGCUCAUGCAGUUAAGCUCCUAGCACAGCGCCUGGCACUCGUGAGUGUGCAGUACAGUCGAGGGAGGCUGGAACCGGUGCUAUUUAUAGCACUUUGUGCAUUUAGUGCUCUCUCUGCAUUUCCCCCUCCCACUCAGAAGAGGGACUUCAAGCGAGCUUAAGACAGAAAGAACAGAGUCAAGAGAGGACUGCAACCCUGGGGAGAGACCCAAGAGAGAUUAUAGCAGUUGGGAUCAGCACACGACAGUUUAUGGAACCCUUUCGUGUUCUUGAUGGAAUGUGGCCCUGGGGGCAGGAGAUGGGUGACACUGCCGGUCCCUGAAGCAAACCUGCAUUCACCAGACCCUCGUACCCUCAUCUCACAGGGAGGAAGCAGGCUCAGAGAGGCCAGUAGCCCCGUGGGUGUGAUGGCUGGUCAGGCCACAGGGUGGUUGGCAAGAGCUCCAGGGACAGCCAGCCAAACCUCACUGGGACCUCCAUGACCUCCCGCUGCCCCUCCAGAACCUUACUCCCCCCAGACGCUGCACCUGCGUCCUCAGUCACUGCCGACGUCAUGGCAGUCACAUGGGAACUGCCACUUGGAACAGUUGGAGUUGAUCGUUUGUCUUUGGAAAGGUGCGUGCAACCCUCGGUCAUAGUUUGUGAGCAUCGUCUUUCUCCCUAAAGGAGGGACAAGAAACUGAAUGGGGGCAUCAGUGGAUCUACGGGCUCAUGAGGGGGAAUUUGAUCAGUCAGCCCCAAUGCAGAAGAUUUUUCUUGCAAACCAGGGGGGUUUCCGCUUCUCUGAUGAAGUGGGGUGCACAGAGCCUUCCCGAACCCCAAGGGGUAUUGAGGGGUUGGGCAGUUGAGGACUCCCUGCCAACUGCCCAACUUGUGGGACCAAGAGGCUCCCUACAACCCACCCCUGGGUGAUGGACAAGUGAGUCGUGGUAGAUGCAGAUUUCAGAAUCCUGCAGAUUGCUCAGGAAUCAGAAGCAAUGAACUGGAAGUAGGUUUAGCAACACAUGUAGGUCUUAAAAACAUGGUGCCGCGUAGAAGCAGAAGCAGAAGUUUAUAGCACUAUGCUAUUUAUGUAAAUGAACACACACGCAUUACAUAUUUUACUAAGAUUCAAGCACAUUUCAGGAUCUGUAUCAACCACAUGGAAGGUGCUGGGAGGGCAAGAAGCACAGGGCUUGGAACGCAGGAGAAAAACGAGUGCGGGAAGGCAGCCCGGCUCAGGCCCGCGGGGAGGGCGCUACGGAGCAGAGUGUGGUUCAGGCCCAGGUUCAAAAAGAAAAACGAGGCACCACACCGCUCUCACACUCUCUCCGCGGCCAUUGCCGACCUCAUGGCAGACACAGGGGAACUGCCACCUAGUUCGCCUCCUCUUGCACGUAUGAGGAGGCUCCACUGGGCUGCGUCAGGUAACUCAGAUCGUCUCCCCAACCGCAACUCCUUCUGUGACCUCCUUGCUGCCCUCUUGCCUUAUACUCUAGCAUGUUCAUGGGUCCCAGGGGUCGGGAUUAGGACAUGGCCAUCUGGGGGAACGUCGGGCAUCAUUCUGUCUACCACAUCCCCCCCAAUGGUGUCUGCCUGCACUGGCCACCUGGGGCUAGUGUGGACGCAGCUUCAGAAGGGAAGGGGGCAGGCACAGUAGGGCCCUGCCUCUGGGCCUGGCCACAACACCGCUAGCCCGGCCCCCCUGCCUUCGCUGGCCCAGCAGGGUCCACGCUGCCAGGUGGCAUCCCCACACACACACACACACUCAUCAGGUGAGUUUGGGUUCCCUGACACCAUCCCUGGGAGAUGCCCAUCCCUCCUCCGCCCUUGACUUGGCAGGUGUCCUCUCCUGUCCGUCAUCCCACAGCCUGGAGCUCUUCCUGGGACCUGAAGCUCACCACAGCGCCACCUCUCUGUAACCUCAGCAAAUGGCACCCUGGGAGUCCUGAUUCUCCUCUUGCCUUGUUCCCUCCCGCCACGCCCCUUCCCUGGGCGGGUUCUAUGGGCUCUACCUCCAAAGCCCUCCCAUCCUCGAGUGCCUGUGCUGGUGCAGGCCCUGGUCGCCUGUCCAGAACGGCUGCAGUAGCUUCCAGCGGGGCUCACCUUAUCGUGACCCACCAGGCCCUGCUCCCCCGGCCCUGCCGCCCUCCUAAACACACUCUUCUCCCACCUUCCCCGCUCACACACCCUGCCCAGCCACUCAGCCUUCUCUCGGGACUUUGACCGUCCAAGCCCACCAUGAAGCUCAGCCCCGUGUCCCCUCCUCCGAGAAGUCCUCCCUGACCCCUCCAGCUAACAUUGCGCCCUGCCCCACAAUAAUCAUUCCCCAUCUGUCACCUUGCUCUCUCUACAUCACUGCAGCCUGAAGUGAUUUGUGUACUCAUUUGGAGUCUGAGUGUUCAGUAACUAAUGAACAAAUGAAUGAAUGAAUGAAUGCAGCCUCAGGAUGUCUAGUCCCCACCAUCGCAGCCCCGUCCUCAAGUGGCUUCCUCUUCCCGAGCAUCUGUAGACUCAGGGGCAAAACCACUACAGCUCACCAUGCUCUAGAACUGACAGAACUAACACUGCAGAGAAAUAAAAAAUCCCAGAUUUCUUGUGAAGGUAUCGGGCUGGGUGAGAAGCAGCGUCGUUUUUCAGAAGCACAGACUUGGGGCCUGUGGUCUGUGAGCUCCAGGAUCUCGAGAUGCGGAGCCACCUCCCCCACGCUCAUCCGAGUGAGCAUGGGCAGAACCAGAGGCCGCGGAGAGAGGUGCCCGUUGUCCAUCCCGGCCUCGCGCUCGCCCCAGGGCACUCUGGCUUCUCGAGGAGGGUGCUCGCCGGGUUCAUCAUCGCUCUCCGAGUACGAGCAGCCUCUCCGUGCUCAAGAUCCUGCUGAGACAGGGCCCGCGAGCUAUGUGAAGGCCCAAAAUGACCCUGCUCCCGGGAGACAACUCGGACUACGACUACAGCGCGCUGAGCUGCGCGUCGGACGCGUCGCUGCACCCCGCCUUCCUGCCGGCGCGCGGGCCGCUCAAGGGCGCCUACUACCGGCGCGCGCGGCGGCUGCGGCCCCAGGACGGCCCGCGCCCGGGCGCGCCCGAGGACCGGCGGCGCCAGAUCAUCAUCAACGUGGGCGGCAGCAAGUACUCGCUGCCCUGGACCACGCUGGACGAGUUCCCGCUGACGCGGCUGGGCCAGCUCAGGGCCUGCACCAACUUCGACGACAUCCUCAACGUGUGCGAUGACUACGACGUGACCUGCAACGAGUUCUUCUUCGACCGCAGCCCCGGCGCCUUCGGCACCAUCCUGACGUUCCUGCGCGCCGGCAAGCUGCGGCUGCUGCGCGAGACGUGCGCGCUGUCCUUCCAGGAGGAGCUGCUCUACUGGGGCGUCGCCGAGGACCAGCUGGACGGCUGCUGCCGGCGCCGCUACCUGCAGAAGAUCGAGGAGUUCGCCGAGAUGGUGGCGCGCGAGGACGAGGAGGACGCGCUGGACAGCGACGGCCGCGACAGCGCCGGCCCGGCCGAGGGCGAGGGCCGCCUGGGCCGCUGCAUGCGGAGGCUGCGCGACAUGGUGGAGAGGCCGCACUCGGGGCUGCCCGGCAAGGUGUUCGCCUGCCUGUCGGUGCUCUUCGUCACCGUCACCGCCGUGAACCUGUCCGUCAGCACGCUGCCCAGCCUGAGGGAGGAGGAGGAGCAGGGCCAGUGCUCCCAGAUGUGCCACAACGUCUUCAUCGUGGAGUCGGUGUGCGUGGGCUGGUUCUCCCUGGAGUUCCUCCUGCGGCUCAUCCAGGCGCCCAGCAAGUUCGCCUUCCUGCGCAGCCCGCUCACGCUCAUCGACCUGGUGGCCAUCCUGCCCUACUACAUCACCCUGCUGGUGGACGGCGCCGCCGCGGGCCGCCGGAAGCCGGGCGCGGGCAACAGCUACCUGGACAAGGUGGGGCUGGUGCUGCGCGUGCUGCGGGCGCUGCGCAUCCUGUAUGUGAUGCGCCUGGCCCGCCACUCGCUGGGGCUGCAGACGCUGGGGCUCACGGCCCGCCGCUGCACCCGCGAGUUCGGGCUCCUGCUGCUCUUCCUCUGCGUGGCCAUCGCCCUCUUCGCGCCCCUCCUCUAUGUCAUCGAGAACGAGAUGGCCGACAGCCCCGAGUUCACCAGCAUCCCCGCCUGCUACUGGUGGGCCGUCAUCACCAUGACGACCGUGGGCUACGGGGACAUGGUCCCCAGGAGCACCCCGGGCCAGGUGGUGGCCCUGAGCAGCAUCCUGAGCGGCAUCCUGCUGAUGGCCUUCCCCGUGACCUCCAUCUUCCACACCUUCUCCCGCUCCUACCUGGAGCUGAAGCAGGAGCAGGAGAGGGCCAUGUUCCGCAGGGCCCAGUUCCUCAUCAAGGCCAAGUCGCAGCUCAGCGGCAUGUCCCAGGACAGUGACAUCUUGUUCGGAAGUGCCUCCUCGGACACCAGAGACAACAACUGACACCAGAGGCCACCCCCGCCCUGUGUGCCAUCCACUGCAGAAGCCCCCGCAGGGACAUGCCGCGUCUGAGGCCGGCCCUGGCGUGGGACUGACUCAAACCACGCCCCAGGAGGGACACCCGAAACCUCAGCGCGGCAGGCCCCGCCCUGCCAGGACCAGAAGGGAAACAGCUGGGUCAGGAGCCCCGGCCCGGCCCGGCCCGCCGAUGUCUGUUUCCCUCAACAAGGAGGCGGCUUGUUCUUCCCACCGUGUAAAUAGUGAGCCCAGGAAAAACUCGCUUUGUGGGUCUGCCUGGAGGGAAAGUACGAACAGCAGCAGCCACGCUGUCGUUCCUGUGGAUGGUGGCUAAGGAAAGGAAACUGAGGACAGGGACAGAGAGUGCCCUCCCGGGGCUCUCACACAAGACAGCUGUGUCUCCCGGCACAGCGGCCGGCGUGGGCACUGGACGUGAAGGGCCGGUGCCCUGGGCUGGUCCGGCCCGGCGGGCCCGAGUGGGGCCGGAGGGAAAGGGAGAGCAGAGACCCAACCGCAAAUGCCCAGUAAAGGCCACGU